CGCGCACAGCUCCUCUCUGCCGACGGACGCAGCGGUGCACAGGGCAAUGCCAGAGACGCAACAAUAACCCGCACAUUUAUCUCUUUUCCGACCUUCAGUGGGGACACGCCGACGCCUCACUUUUAAAUUCCCCUUCCCAUUUUUCGGACUUUCACGCCGCUUGAAUCGCCAGCAUGCCUAACAUUGUCCUUUUUAGCGGGAGCUCGCACCACGAUUUGUCCCAGAAGGUGGCCGAUCGGCUGGGACUAGACCUCGGGAAAGUCAUCACCAAGAAAUUCAGCAAUCAGGAAACAUGUGUGGAGAUUGGGGAGAGUGUCCGUGGUGAGGAUGUGUAUAUCGUGCAGAGCGGCUGUGGAGAGAUCAACGAUAACCUGAUGGAGCUGCUCAUUAUGAUCAACGCCUGCAAGAUCGCCUCGUCGUCCCGGGUUACCGCCGUCAUCCCCUGCUUCCCCUACGCUCGCCAAGAUAAAAAGGACAAGAGCCGGGCGCCCAUCUCGGCCAAACUGGUGGCCAACAUGCUGUCUGUUGCUGGGGCCGACCAUAUCAUCACCAUGGACCUCCACGCUUCACAGAUCCAGGGCUUCUUCGACAUAGCUGUGGACAACUUGUACGCAGAACCAGCUGUUCUGCAGUGGAUAAAGGAGAAUAUUCCUGAAUGGAAAAAUUGUAUAAUUGUGUCUCCAGAUGCUGGAGGAGCCAAACGUGUAACUUCCAUUGCAGACCGUCUUAAUGUGGACUUUGCCCUCAUCCACAAAGAGAGGAAAAAGGCAAAUGAAGUGGAUCGCAUGGUGCUGGUGGGAGACGUCAAAGACCGUGUGGCCAUUCUGGUGGACGACAUGGCCGACACAUGUGGCACCAUCUGCCACGCCGCAGACAAGCUGAUCGAUGCUGGGGCAGUGAAGGUCUAUGCCAUCCUCACACACGGAAUCUUCUCAGGUCCUGCCAUCUCUCGCAUCAACCAGGCCCCAUUUGAGGCUGUGGUCGUGACCAACACAAUACCACAGGAGGAGAAGAUGAAAGCAUGCCCUAAAAUCCAGGUAAUUGACAUCUCCAUGAUCCUGGCAGAGGCCAUCAGGAGAACCCACAACGGCGAGUCUGUGUCCUACCUCUUCAGCCAUGUUCCUUUGUAAAGUGUAAGGUACCAGCCCCGCCCCUUUCCUGUGGGGGGCACACCACCUCCUCAGAGGUCCUCCAGGGCCACACAUGUGACUGUAAACAUCAUAUCCACACCGGGAAACAGAGCAGAUCUCUUCCUCCUGAAGAUGAUUUUGUAUUUA